GCUAGUGUGGUCGGCCCUUGGUAGGAUUAACUACUAUUAGAGCGUAUAAGGCGCAGGAUAUUUUAAGAGAGGAGUUUGAUAGACAUCAGGAUUUGUUUACUUCCGCCCAUUUCUUGAUGUUAUGCACGUCCAGAGCGUUCGCUUAUAUUGUUGAUUCUUGUUGCACACUCCUGAUUACAUUCAUUAUCGUUCGGUUUCUAUUUUUCGAAACAGAUACCUCGGCAGGCGAUGUAGGGUUAGUUCUGACGCAAGUAAUGGCCCUAUCUGACAGCGUCCAAUAUGCAAUCAGAUACUAUGCAGACUUGGAGAACCAAAUGACUUCGGUUGAAAAGGUCUUGGAAUACACGGAGGCCAAAACGGAAACAAAAGCGGGUGAUGUUUUAAAAGAUUGGCCCAAAAGGGGAAGAGUACAGUUCGAGAACGUCUCUUUGACUUACAGCAAUAACGAGACGGUUCUGCGUAACAUCAGCUUUACGGUUGAAGCCAGACAAAAAAUUGGAAUUGUUGGACGAACGGGAGCCGGAAAGUCAUCGAUAAUUUCAACAUUAUUUAGGCUUUAUGAGUUGGAAGGGAAAAUCAUAAUAGACGGAAUCGAUACAAAGACAUUAAGUUUGGAAUUUCUUCGACAAAGCAUCGCGAUCAUCCCUCAAGAUCCGGUUCUGUUUUCCGGAUCCAUGCGGUACAACAUAGACCCCACGGGAAAAUAUACGGACAAGCAGAUCUGGGAGGUGCUGGAAAAAGUCAAUUGGAAACCUGUGAUAGACACUCUUGAGUACGAGAUUGUAGAAAAAGGUUCCAACUUUAGCUCCGGCCAAAAACAACUCAUUUGUCUGACCAGGGCCAUAAUUAGAAAGAACAGGAUUGUUGUGUUGGAUGAGGCAACAGCAAACAUGGAUCCUAAAACGGAUGCUUUGCUGCAUGAUACCGUUAAAGAGAAUUUCAAAGACUGCACAAUAUUCGUUAUAGCUCACCGAUUGCAUUCUGUUAUUGAUGCUGAUCAGAUUAUGGUUUUGAAUCGUGGCGUGAUUGUCUAGUGCGAUGUUCCAAGUAAACUGUUGGAAAAUAAGAAUGGUUACUUCUUCCAGAUGGUUCAAAAAUCUAAAAUUUGAC